AUGAAGCAAGUUGCAUUUAAGGUCAAAAUUAUGUGCUUUAUAUGGACCAUUACAAUCAUCGUUGAUGGCAACAAGCGGGAGGACAUUGUGUACAACCCAAUUGCAACCUUACCCAAAGUGAUUAGUCCUUCAAAGGUGCCUGCCCCUGCUAGGACAAAAUGUGCUGAUGGUGAUGACAGUGAAUGCAGUUCAGAUGUUGAUUUUGUUGACAGUGACUAUGCAGUUCGAGAUGAUGAUGAUGACCUUUUUUGUGAUGAUGUUGAUGAAGGUGUGGUUGAUGAGGGUGUUGCAAAGGGGAUAAUGGUCGGAUCAGGGAGGAAAAGAUUUGGCCCAGUAGACAAUGAACCAGUAGGCAAAGAAUGGGAUGAGUUGGACUCUGAUGAAGAAGAAUCAGAGCUACCAGAAUCUGGUGAAGAGGGUAGGGCUGGGCAGAACAUGAGAAGUUUCAGACCUGAAGAUUUGUAG